AUGAUGAACAGAAAUAAUCCAUGUUCUCGAGGUAUUCAAUUACGCGUUUGGCUCAAUGAACAAAAUAAUUCAACAACAAAUACAUGUCUUUGUCCGCCUAGUUAUUAUGGUGAUCAUUGUCAAAAUCAAAAUCAACGUGUCAGUUUAACUAUGGCAUUUCGAGUAAUGUCUGAUUCUCGAUCAACAUUAUUUACAAUUAUAAUCUCACUGAUCGAUGAUAGUGAACAAAGAAUUAUUCAUUCAUACGAACAAUUGAGUUAUUUAUCGAUUAGAGAUUGUAAAACUAAAUUUAAUGUCUAUUUAGUUUAUUCAAAUCGACCAAAAUCUCAAACAAGAAAUUAUUCAAUACAUGUUGACAUUUAUGAAAAAAUUUCGCUAAAUUAUCGAGCAAGUUUCUUAUAUCCAAUCGAAUUUCCAUUUUUACCAGUUCAUCGUCUAGCAUUUAUUGUUACUAUUCCAAGUUCAAAAGACUUUAUUGAAAGUUGUUCAAAUUUAAAAUGCAUUCAUGCCAAAUGUGUUAUGUAUUCGAAUAGUCGAGAUCAUUCUACAUAUUGUCAAUGUAAUGCAGGAUGGUCUGGUCAAUAUUGUACUAUUCCGUAUAAUUGCAACUGUUCAUCUGACUCAAAAUGCAUCGGUUUAUCUUCUCACAAUCGAUCUAUAUGCAUCUGCCCAAUGAAUAGAUUUGGCUAUCGAUGUCUUCUUACUGAUCCUAUCUGCCAAAGAAAUAAUCAUUCGAUGUGUUUGAAUGGUGGUACAUGUAUCCCUACUGAUGAAUAUGCAUUGCCACAUAAAGAUUUUUAUUGUAUUUGUCCAAUAGGUUAUAUUGGUGAACGAUGUGAAAUUGCCGAGAAAAAAAUUCAUAUUUUAUUUGAAAAGAAUAUUAUUAUAUCUCAAGUAAUAUUUAUUCAUGUCUUAGAAAUUAUUAAAGAGAUGAACCCAAAAAGAUCAACUAUUUUAAAAACAGUGCCUAUUCAACAAGAUUCCUUAACAAUUUAUUGGUCUUUGCCAUUUCAUCUGAUUUUUAUUGAAUUUAAAAAUAAAAAUUAU